AAUUUAGUUGUUGAAUACAAUUCGUCGAGCAAAGACGAAGCAACGGUCGCAUCUGAAAUUUAACAAAAAAAAAAAAACAGAAAACAAUGUGUUAGAGAAAAAAUAUUGAUAAAUAAUACAAUAGUAAAUAAUAAUAAUAAAUAAACGUACAUAAAGCUCGCCGUUUUAACUUUAAUUUAAAAUAAACAUUAAUUAAUAAAUAAUAUUUGUUUUACUUGUUUGAAUUAACAAAGUCAUUAACUAUUUCUAAUCUGGUAUACAUACCUACAUAGUAUAAGAAAAUUUUGAAACAAAAAAUAAUAAAAAAAAAUCACACACUCGCAAACAAAUACAUCGCAACAAAUAACAUUAAACCUAACAUGAGUUUUACGCGACAGUUGUCUGAAAUGAGUGCUAGCGAAUUGAACGAUGCCAUCGAUGAUACAAAUUUUCCACAAGCUCAUGUCCUUUCACGUGGUCGUAACAAUAGUGUUUGUUCAACAAGUAGUACUUCGGGCACCUCAUCUCUAAUGGACCGUAAUCUAUCGCAGACCGAUGAUGUUGCUGUGAGUGCCAAUACAAAUGCUCCUACGAAUGUUGUUGCUUCGUUAGCUGGCAGUAAUAACAGCUCUGGAUUGGAUAAUGCUGUUGUCGCUGACAUUGCCACGACCACUAAGCCCAACACUAAUCGGCCCAAACUGAUUUUAAAAACAAAUGGUAUAAAUAAUGACAACGAAUCACUUAGGUCGCCCCUAACUCCAAUGACGCCAAGGACAUCUACAACACCAGGUCACGAAAAUUGUACAUUCCACCAUGAUCUGGAAUUAGAUCAUAAGCCACCUACAAGAGAAGCUCUAUUACCUGAUAUGGCAAGAUCGUAUCGUUUACUUUUAGGUGGUUUGGGCGAAAAUCCCGAUCGCCAGGGACUAAUCAAGACUCCCGAAAGAGCAGCCAAAGCAAUGCUUUUUUUCACCAAAGGCUACGACCAAUGUCUAGAAGAUGUCCUAAAUGGUGCUGUGUUUGAUGAAGAUCAUGAUGAAAUGGUUGUUGUCAAGGAUAUUGAAAUGUUUUCUAUGUGUGAACAUCAUUUAGUGCCCUUCUAUGGCAAGGUGUCUAUUGGCUAUUUACCUUGCAAUAAAAUUUUGGGUCUUAGCAAAUUGGCAAGAAUUGUGGAAAUCUUCUCCCGACGUCUACAAGUUCAAGAAAGGCUAACUAAACAAAUAGCUGUUGCCGUAACUCAAGCAGUUCAACCCGCUGGUGUUGCAGUAGUUGUGGAAGGAGUGCACAUGUGCAUGGUUAUGCGAGGUGUUCAAAAAAUCAACAGUAAAACUGUAACAUCUACCAUGUUGGGUGUUUUCCGAGAUGAUCCUAAAACCCGAGAAGAAUUUUUAAAUUUAGUUAAUAGCAAAUAAAGCUUUAAUUAAAAAUAAGUUGACAUAAUAACAUUAA